CUAUCAUUAGGACUGAAAAUGUAAUUUUACCGGUGAAAACGUUAGGAAAUAGCAGUUUCUUAUGCACUUGGGAAGAACAACAUAAUAAUGUAUAUGCAGCUUGAAGAACUUAGGUUCUUAACUAACCUUUCUACAUGGUGAUGAACCCUGACACUGAAAGCUUCAAAUGCAUAACAAUAUACCCAUAUCAGUCUGUAAUUUUCGAGUAAUGGAAUGGCUAGGAAUGCAUUACUCUGUAGCAGUAAACUCUUACUGGCCCACUCAUCUUCACCUUUUGCAAAGAUCUUGGAGACCUGCUCCAAAUCCAAGCCAUCACCCGACGUGCGCGCCAUCCAUGCUUGCAUUCUCAAGUCCGAGUUCAUUUAUGAAGUCUUCAUCAACAACAGGCUCAUUGAUGUGUAUGGGAAAUGUGGUUACUUUAACUACGCUCGCGAGGUGUUUGAUAGAACGCCCACCAGAAACGCGUUUACUUAUAACUCAAUUAUUGGUGCAUUAAUAGUAUCAGGUUCGAUUGAUGAAGCGGAGAGGAUUUUUACUUCAAUGCAUGAACCCGAUCAGUGUUCUUGGAAUUUGAUGGUUUCGGGUUUUGCUCAGCAUGAGACGUUUGAUAGGUCAUUGGAGUAUUUAGUGAAAAUGCAUGAGGAAGAUUUUGUGUUGAAUGAGUAUAGUUAUGGGAGUGCACUUAGCGCUUGUGCUGGGUUGAGAGACUUGGUAAUGGGAACCCAAAUUCAUGCUUCACUGGCUAAGUCAAGGUUCUCAUCGGAUGUUUAUAUGGGGUCUGCACUUAUCGAUAUGUAUGCAAAAUGUGGGGAUGUGGAUUGUGCUCAAAGGGCUUUUGAUGGGAUGACUGUGCGGAAUACUGUGUCUUGGAAUAGUAUGAUUACUUGUUAUGAACAAAACGGACCAGCAAGUGAAGCACUUCAGGUUUUUGUUAAGAUGAUAGAAUGUGGAGUUAAGCCAGAUGAGAUGACCCUAGCUAGUGUGGUUAGUGCCUGUGCAAGCUUGUGUGCAGUUAAAGAAGGCCGGGCAAUUCAUGCCCGAGUAUUGAAAUUUGAUAAAUUUUGCAAUGAUCUUAUAAUAUCUAAUGCAUUAGUUGAUAUGUAUGCAAAGUGUAGUAUGAUAAAUGAAGCAAGGUGGAUUUUUGAUAGGAUGCCUAUACGAAAUGUGGUGUCCGAGACAUCUAUGGUAAGUGGUUAUGCCAAAGUUGCUAGUGUGGAAACUGCUAGAACAAUGUUUUCCAAGAUGGUGGAGAGGAAUGUUGUAUCUUGGAAUGCACUUAUUUCUGGAUACACACAGAAUGGGGACAACGAAGAGGCAUUAGGACUCUUUCUUCUCUUGAAAAGAGAAUCCGUGUGGCCUACUCACUAUACAUUUGGAAACCUUCUCAAUGCUUGUGCAAAUCUUGCUGACUUGAAGCUCGGUAGGCAGGCUCAUACACAUGUCCUAAAGCAGGGAUUUCGAUUCCAGCAUGGACCAGAGCCUGAUGUUUUUGUUGGUAACGCUCUUAUAGAUAUGUAUAUGAAAUGCGGAUCAGUUGAAGAUGGGAGCAGGGUGUUCAGAAACAUGAUUGAAAGAGAUGGUGUUUCAUUUAAUGCCAUGAUAGUAGGCUAUGCACAAAAUGGGCAAGGGACAGAAGCUCUCCAGCUGUUCAAGGAAAUGUUGGACUUUGGAGAGAAACCAGAUCAUGUCACUAUGAUUGGAGUUCUUUGUGCUUGUAGUCACGCAGGAAUGGUUGAGGAAGGACGUCAGUAUUUUGAUUCUAUGAGCAAACGGUAUGGUCUGAAACCUCAAAAGGAUCACUAUACAUGUAUGGUUGAUUUGCUAGGUCGAGCUGGUCAACUUAUUGAAGCGAAAAAUUUGAUAUUAUCAAUGCCAAUUCCUCCAGAUAGUGUUGUAUGGGGAUCUUUACUUGCAGCUUGUAAGGUUCACCGUGACAUUGACAUGGGGAAUUUUGUUGCUGAAAAACUCAUAGAGAUUGAUCCUGAAAAUUCUGGCCCUUAUGUUCUUCUCUCAAACAUGUAUGCUGAGCUUGGAAGAUGGAGAGAUGUAACAAGAGUUCGGAAACUUAUGAAACAGCGCGGUGUUGUGAAACAGCCUGGUUGUAGUUGGAUUGAAGUAGGCAGCCAAAUGCAUAUCUUCAUGGUCAAAGAUACAAAGCAUUCUAAGAAGAGGGAAAUAUAUUUACUAUUGAAAACACUCACUAAAAUGAUGAAGCUUUCAGGAUAUAUUCCAAAUAUUGGUGAUUUUGAUGCUGACGAGGAACAGAACAAGCCUGAAUUUACCUUGUCUAAAGAACUGGAAGCACCUCUAGCUGCUUCCAUUUGAUAAUAGCUAAGGUGUUGUGCUAAAUAUCCAUUUUCUGACACUUCCUUGUCGUGCAUUUCUUUAAGGCCCACAGCACAGGAACAAGAAGAAUUUACUUAGAAGGUAUACUUUUUUAUACCCAAGAUUUUGUGUCAAAUUUCAUGUGUACCUUGUAUUGACAUUACCUUGGCACUUGCAUGGUUGUCUAGGACUUUCACCAGUCA